CGAGUAGGGUAUUCCUCCAUUUCAUCAGUAUGUACAACCUCGAUCUCAAAACCAAUCUCUGCAACCUUCCGGUCGUUUUGCUCCGGGUUGCCAAUCACCUACGUCGGGCGUGCUGCUUGAACCCUGAAGCCAGCAUUCAGGGUCCCUCCACCAUCAUCAGUUGAGGGACGGAUGCGUUUACAUGCAAGCAGACAAUUAAGUUAUCUGCAUUAUUUACAGCAACUUCAUCACGCCCCAUUGACGUCACGAAUCCUAGCCGAGCUACCUUGGCCAACUGAAUACAGUGUCUCUCCGUUUCUUCAAAGGUGGGAUAACUCCUAUAGGGCUCAUCAAAGUCGAUGAAAAUGAUGAUACUGUUGAAUCUGAUAUGUAGUUGAUUGUGCCUUUCACUACAGCGACGUUCAUCUUUCGAUGGAUGACAUGGACACCAAAGCCUAGACAGGGCUUUUAGGGAUCUGGCUAGGAUAACGAGCUAUCACUUGUAAAUGACAGGCCCCAUCUUGUGCAUGACGUUUCUUCUUUCCAAUUCUAAUGACGCAACUGGUCGGACCAGGCCGAGAGAUCUUGGUCUGAGCAAAUCUACUCCUUAUACAUACCUACCGAGUACGAUCUUGAUGAACUGCUGGCGGAACAUUUGCAACAGGAGUAUGUACCUUCAACAACCAAAACGGACCACGGGAUGGAGACAGACCUCGCUUUAGGGUCAAACACUAACUUAUCAAAACCCUCCGGGGAGGCUCCGUUAAGCAUCCAAUAUUGCCGUUUCAUACCGACCGGGGAACAAUCUUGAUUUCGGGCUGCAGGGCCACAGCAGAGUUUCAGAGCCGGCCUAAUGAAGCGGUCGGAGAUCGAAGUGCUUCCAGAAUAAUGACUAGACUGGCUUGAACGGGUAUGCACCGGCUGUAUGUACUCGAUCGCAAAAACCAGGAAGGCAUAAAAAGUACGCAGAUGACCGCAGGGUCGACUGUGUCAGGCAAGUUCCUUGAUUUACUGAGUAUUAAACAAAAAAAAAAAAAAAGCAACAAGGGUCCUGUCUGUCUGUCUGUCUGAUCAGCGGGGCGAAAAACGAAUGGCGGCAGCAUGAAGCGCAUCGGCUUCCGCUGAGUGCGAUCGAGCAUCGAAGGGGAUCGGGUCAACGAUGCUCAGUUGAGAUCUCAAGUCAGGAGGGGGAUCGGUCCCUUUUGACUUGUUAGGCGGUUCCCUGCGUGGAGUGUGCGUGGUCGGAUGCCCUGGCAGGCCAGCCUCAUCGGUCCCGUCCGUGUGGCUCUCGAGGGUCCCGCCGCCUCAGCGACCGAGGGGCUUGAGAGUCUGAGACCAGAUAUCAAGGGUUUCCAGGGAGUCAAGGAGACAAGGGGAGGGGCGUGAAGACUUGGCGCCGGAGAAGAGGGACCGUAUACACUGCUCUGUUGAGUACAUACAUACGAGGGGAUCAAUCUAACCUCAGGGACCCCGGCGAUCAUCCAGCAUCUUCUAAAGUUCUAAUUCCCCCAGGACAAGGCCUAUCUUGCCUACCUUGGGCAAGGCAAGUACUUGUACGUCUCCCGGGCUUUCAGAGACGGGUCUAAGUGAGGAGUGAAACACACAUGGCGAGCGAGUACCAAGGAGCAGGCAUCAUCAACAAGCCAAGACUUACUUGGUUUAGGUACCUGGUUAGUGUUGCUAAAGAUGACCUGGUGGAGGGAAGGUGGUUUAGGGGACCUCGUCUGUGACGCGCCGCCGCUGAGCCAUGAUGCGAUGCGAUACCAUACCCUCUUUCGCUUCAUUCAAGCCCUUCUGCUCGGAACGCCUAGGACCACAUUGACCAAUGAUGUAACCAGGUCGACAACACCCUCGUUCCUUUGGGGUAGAUUGUCAGGCACAAGUGGCAACCAGGCGUACGCCAAACCAGUCAGCCGGAGCCAAGCAGUCAGUUGUCCUAGACUCUCACCAGCCAGUGGGAGCGAGUCCGGUCACGACGGGGAUUUGCUUGGUCGUUGGCGAUCCUCGUCGUCUAUGUACGAACCUAAAGCAGGCUAAGGAGGUUAGGUAAGGUAAGGUAAACUCAGAUAUUGCCGAAAUCUCUCGGGUAUCAUUUUAUUCUUCAAUCUUCUCUGGCGUCUGGGUCAUGCAAGUGCGUGCGUGCCGAGCCAUCACCGCCUUUCCUCUUGUAUGGCAUCAACUUCGAUAUGUUUCCACCACUUACAUGUCAAUCCACACAAUGUUGCAUUAUCCUUUAUCUUAUGGGCCUUUACUAGUUAUGUUGUAUUCUUUUUAUCUGACAUAGCAACUUGGUGUUGGUGGUGGUGGUGGUGGUGGUGG